CUCUCUCUUUACCCCCAUUAUACCUCUCUCUCUCUCAGCUUUCUUUCCUUUUUUCCUCCUCAAAUUCCCCCUUCUUCUUAUUCCUUCACAAUCCUUUAAGUUCUCUAAAAAUCAUUUGGUUUUUUUGUAGAAACCAACAAACAGAAAUGUUCACAGAAGGUUUGGACGAGUCUGCAAUUAACUGGAUCAAACAGGGGACUGAAGUAAAACAAUCAUGUAAUCCAAGAUCGCCAUUAUCUGAAAACUUUGAUGAUAGAUACUCAAUUCCCAGAUCUCCGUUAGCCACUUACACCCCAAAUUCACAUAUAUUACCACCCUUGAAAUUUCAUUCGGGUCUUCUAAAACCCCAUAACACAGUGAAAACACUUAGUAUAGACAGCAAUGAAGAUGAUUAUGAUUACGACUUUGAUGAUGAGAGUGAGAGUGUGACUUCAGCUUCAGAUGAAAUCGAUGGCCAUUACUCUGAACAAGAAACAUUGAGUACAAACGGAUGUGAAGUUAAAGGAGUUGGAUUAAACAAUCGACAUGGCUCCACGCUGAAUAGAGGAAUUUUACAAGAGAAUCUUAGAGUUGAAGUACCAGAAAAUGGUAUUAGGAGAUUUAGUGAGCUGGAGUUUAUGGGAAGUGCACAGAAAGCUACACUUUUGAGUAGUGUUCCUAGCUAUCUGCGUGAUAAAGUUCAACCACAUAGUGCAUAUGCAACACCUGUUGGUAGGCUAAAUGACUUAGGAACCCCAAGUGCACCACCCAUAUUGGAUAUUGGAGCAGAUGAAGAUAACUCUGAACAGGAAUGUGGAAGUGGAUUGAGCACUUCUGGAGGGUUGUCUGGAACUGAGCACAAUAAGAAAAAUAUUCCAGAAGAGGCUUGUCAUAGAAAUGAACAAGUUCUUUCAGAGACUGAAAGCCGAGGGGAAGAUAAAUCAACUUUUGUGGAAACAAACACUGUGCCCUCGUUCCAGCAAGGAAAUUCUGUGGGAUUUCCAAGCCGUUAUGAUACCAGUCAAAAUGGAUGGCAAGUUCUCUUGGCUUAUGAUGCCUGCAUUCGUCUAUGCCUAAAUGCUUGGGCAAGAGGAUGUGUUGAAGCACCGGAAUUUUUACGCGAUGAAUGCCAGCUGCUUCGAGGUGCUUUCUGCUUGCAGAAACUGUUGCUCCAACCUCGAGGCAUGCAGACAACAGAAAGGAUCAAUAAGACAAAUGGACAAACAUUACCCUUGAAAGUGAGAAAAUUAGUGGGGAAGGUUCGUGUGGAAGUAAGAAAGUUAAGAAUCAUACCAAAGAGGAAGCUUAAGAGCGCAAACUCAAUGCGAGGUGCAAUUAGCAUGCAGGCCGGAGCGGAAUAUGUACGGCAUGUUUCUUCACUGGUGAAAAAUGGAAUCAAUUCUCUUAAAAUUCAUUCAUCUCUGCUGACAUCCGAAGAAUCCCUGAGAUGCUUAGUUCUCCUGAAGAGUUCAAUGGAAGAUACUAAAUUUGAACCAAAUUCUGCUGUUAUGCUGCAGCCUGGAAGUGGUGAUCACCAUGACUUUUUCCCAGAGAACCAAGGAGAUGCUCUUUUGCUUGAAGUACAGGAUAUGAAGAGAAGUACUUUGGGUCGAACUUCAAUACCGAUCUCAGCCGUGACUGACAGCAGUAAUGAUAAGAUUCGCUGGUGGCCGAUUUAUCAUGAUGAUAAUGAAUGUGUUGGGAAGGUCCAGCUAUCAAUCAAUUGUACAUUGACAACUGAUGAGACAACACAAGUCAAGAGUGGACCUAUUGCGGAGACUCUUGCAUAUGAUCUAUUACUGGAGGCUUCCAUGCAUGCUCAACAAUUCAGUGCACGAAGUUUAAGGUCUGAGGGACCUUGGAACUGGUUACUGACAGAAUUUUCUCUGUACUAUGGGGUCUCACAUACCUAUACUAAAUUAAGGUACCUUUCAUAUGUCAUGGAUGUUGCCACUCCAACGAAAGAUUGUUUAGAGCUCAUUCAUGAGUUGCUUGUGCCAGUGAUGAAGGCAAGGAACGACAAAAGUUUAACAAGACAAGAGAAAAGUUUGCUUCUGGAUUGCGAAACAGAAGUUGGAAGUCUCUUGGCCACGGUGUUUGAAAACUACAAGUCCUUGGAUGAAAACUGUCCCACAGGUUUAGCAGACAUUUCAGCUCCUGUAGCAGAAACUGCAGCACCAGCACUUGCUCCUGCCGUUCAAGUUUACACUCUUCUCCAUGACAUACUUGCUCAAGAUGCUCAGAUGACACUUAGAAACUAUAUACAGAUAGCAGCAGCAAAGAGGUGCCGAAAACACAUGGUCGAAACUGAUGAAUUCCUGUCAACAAACUUAGAUGGCUUUGUCAUGGAUUCAGUAACAAUAACCACUGCUUAUUCGAAGAUGAAGAACCUUUGCUCCCGAAUAUCAAAUGAAAUCCAGGCAGAUAUUAAGAUCCACAAUCAACAUAUACUUCCAAGUUCAAUUGACCUUACAACCAUCACGGCUUCAGUUUACAGCACUGAACUGUGUAAGAGGCUCAAGAACUUUCUCGCUGCAUGGCCUCCAUCAAGUCCUUCUCUACAUGUGAAUGAACUUUUGAUUGCAGCAGCUGAUUUUGAGAGGAAUCUAGACACAUGGAACAUCAGUCGAGUGCAAGGUGGUGUAGACUCGAGAGGUCUCUUUCAUAGUUAUAUAAUGGUAUGGAUAGAGGAUUUGCAACUUCACUUACUUGAGCUUUGCAAGGCAGAAAAGGUGUUAUGGUCUGGUGUUAUUACGAACUAUUCUACUUCUCCUUUUGCCGAAGAAAUGUUUGAGAAAACCAAACAAAUGUUAACUGAGUAUGAAGUAGUAAUCAACCGUUGGCCUCAGUACACUGUCAUUUUGGAGAAUGCUGUUGCUAAUGUAGAAAGAGCAAUUAUAAAAGCCAUAGAGAAACAGUACAAUGAUAUCUUGACCCCACUGAAGGAUAGCAUUCCAAAGAAGCUCGGCAUGCAAGUUCAGAAAUUAGCAAGAAGGCAAUCAACUACUCUCUAUAGCAUUCCUAAUCAGUUGGGCACUUUCUUGAACACAAUCAAGAGAAUUCUAGACGUUCUACACUGUCAACUAGAAGACAUUUUGAAGUCAUGGGCAUCCUAUCUACCAGCGAAUGGAGAGAAGAAGUCCAAUUUCGGGGAGCAACUGAAUGGAGUUACGGUAUUACUGAGGACUAAAUACAAAAACUACAUGCAAGCAAUAAUAAUCAAGCUUGCUAGUAAUAUGCAAGCAAAUCGUUGCACACGUUUGCAAAGGAUUUUGGAGGAAACGAAGGAAGCAGAUGGGGAGGCUGAAAUCCGUGAAAGAAUGCAACUGUUGAAUUCACAACUCUCAGAUUCCUUAAGCAACUUGAAAGAAGUCUUUACAAGUGUAAUAUUUGUUGCAAUCUGCCGUGGAUUUUGGGACAAAAUGGGACAGAUCAUACUGAAAUUCUUAGAAGGAAGAAAAGAGAACCGAGUAUGGUAUAGUGGUUCUUACCAUGCUCUUGGGAUUCUGGAUGACAUAUUUGCUUCCCAAAUGCAAAGAUUGCAAGGAAAUGCUCUACAAGAGAAGGAUAUUGAGCCCCCUCGUUCAAUUGUUGAAGCUCGAGCUAUACUCUGUAGAGACACCAGUAACUAUCCAGAUUCCUCCAACUACUUGUAUUUCUAGGAAUACAACUGAGUUGGUCAUUCAUAUGCUCUUCCUAUACUUGUAUUUGUGUAUUACUAUUUCUUCCUGUUCAUAUAUUCUUUUGUAUGUAAAAUAUCCAAUUCUUUGUAAGUUGUCAAUCAAUAAGAGUAAGGCCAUCCUCGAAGACUUUUACCUAA